CAUGACCACUUCCGUAGUAAAGUUAAAAACUUUCUCAAAUAUUUCUAAAUAUUUACUUUAAUUGAAGCCGUAUUGGAUUAACAAUGGAUUAAGUGGAACUAUUAAACCCUCAGGGAUGGAUACAUUAAGUGAGGACCAAGGAUUACAGGCCGUUCUGGACCGCAUGGAUGUAAUGGACGGAAUUGAGGGGGUGGACAAUGAAGCUUUAGAGGACUUUCAACAGUUGACGGAUUACCUCACAAGCAAUGACCCAUCUAUACCUUUUCCUGAAGAAGUCCCAGCUGUGCGCUAUCAGAAAACUCCUAUGUGUGACCCUCUCACUCGAGUGAAACAGUACGAGCCACCUAUCCCACAUCAUCAUCAACAACAGCAACAACAACAGCAGCAUCAUCCGUCAUCUCAACAACAGCACCAUCCAUCGUCACAACAGCAACAGCCUCAUACAUCGUCACAACAACAUCCAUCAUC